CCCGGCUGGGCUAGCACGGGAGGGGGCGGCCUCUUAGAGCUGCCAGGGGAGGAGAGCAACCCUGAGCCCUGGGUUCUUGUCUCUGAUACAGGUCGAGUGUUUGUUGCUGUAAGCCUCACCCCAUCCUGUGUUGUCCCAGGCUGCUGGGUGGGAGAGGGAAGAGGAAUUCCUCCCCAAGUCUCUCUCCGCACUUCCCUUGGGUCGGGGGUUGGCUGUGCAAGUCAAAAAUAAGGAAAAAGGCGGGACACUGAGGGCAGCUGAAAGACUUUCUCCUUUGACGAGCUGGUCACCUGCUCCAGGGAAGGUACGGUCCUCUCUCCACAGCCCUAGGGGUGCCUCUCUGGUCCACAGCGGCCCUUGUGAUGCUCAGGUGAGAAUGAUGGGGGCAUUUGGACCUUCGGAUCAGCAGACUCCUUGCUUAUUCAGUUGUCCUGAGAGAAACCUAGAAUCAGCCUCAGUUACGGAUUGUACAGUACAGGGGUUAAAACAAAAAAGAAAAUGAGAGUAUUAACUUCAGAAGCCAGCCAGCCAUAGAUCCCAAACAGAGAAGAGCUGUGCAAAGGGCUUGGUGCGGGCUGCCCUUGGGCCCAUUUUGCAGGACAAGCAUGCUGUGUCACAAACAAGGUAAACUGAGGCAUAGGUAUAUUGAGGACUUGCCUGAGUGGGCCCAACAGGGACAGCCAGACUCUGCACUAUUGUCCCAGAAAAUCAAGUAGGGGAUACUUAGGGGAGUUUGGGUCAGAGCCCCAGUCUUGGUCCUGAUAGUCCGGUGGUUCUCAGCUGGGGGUGGUUUUGUCCCCUGACCCCCAACUCCGGGGACAUUUGGCAAUGUCUGUAGACAUUUUUGGUUGUCAACACUGGGGCAGGGGGUGGCUACUGGCAUCUGGCGGUAUAGUCCAGGGACGCUGCCAAACGUUUUAUAAUGCACAGGGCAGCCCUGAACAGCAAACAAUGACCUGGCACAAAGGGCUGAGGUUGGAAACCCUGUGACGAUCCACUCCUAGGCCCCGCCGGGAGAACUGCGGAGAUCGGAUGGUUGUAAGGAUGUCAUUACUAGGGCAACUGGGGCUCUGGGGGCUGAUGGUCUCCUCUUGCUCCCAGAGGCACUGCACGGGGGGCCACUGCCAGCUGCUCCUGGGCAUCUUGUGAAAGUGUCCACCUUGCUGGGACAGGCAUGAUCCUCCAUAGCUAGUCCUCCCUAGGUAAUUUCAGAGAGAAGCUUAUAAAACGUUUUAAGAGGCUGGCAAAUUACAACUUGAGAAGCACAUAAAUGCUUCCAUAAACGCCAGCUUUGCAAACAAGCGUGUGUGGGGGCAGAGUGAGCAGGUUGCCCAAGCCUUGGGAAAGUCCACGUUUCAAGGCGGAAGACCCAGGCUUAUCUUUGGCCCUUAAUUCUCAGGUUCUCCUCUCUCGGCUUGCUUAACUAUCUGGCAGUAUUUAGCUUUUUUCUUUGUAUUCCUCCUCUGUCCAAAGAGUCUGCCAUUGGCCAUUUCUGUGACCUGUUCAGGGACCAGGAGGGUCAGAGCAGGUCGUUCUAGGCUCCUGAUUCCACCCUCAGAGGUUCAAGAUGCUGACGGCCACAAAGGAAACUGCCCUCCAGCUCUGCCCAGGGAUCCAAGCAUGCAGAUUCCAUAAUGGCAGGAGUCUGUGAUGAUGUGUUCAUUGACUAAGGGACUGGCUAUGGGGCACCCCCUUCUCCCACUGCCACCCUGCUGUGCUCAGUGGGAAGACAGACCAUGCUUAGCAGUGCUCACACUUACGAACCUUUGCUGACCACAGCCAUAAACCAUCAUCAAAGACUCUCCUCCUAACCUAACCAACACUUCUGCAGGACCCAGUGGCUUGCAAAACACUUUCAUUUCAUAUCUGUGGGAAGCAGGUGGGACAGAGGGAUGAUCUCUACUGUUCCGAUGAAAACACUGAGUUUCCCAGGGAGGAAGUGAUGUGCUCAGUAUCUCUGAGAAAAUCAGCCACAGAGCCAGGAUUUGAACUAGGUCUCCUGUCCCUAAAUUCUGGGUACUCAGACUUGACCCCAGUUGUGUGGGGAAGCAGUGGGGCAAGGAAAUUGGAUUUGGUGUCUGAGAGGCCUGGUUUCAGACCUAAGCUCUGCCAGUCACUUCCUGUUCACCUUGAGCAAGAUAUUAAACCAUUCUGAGUCCCAGUUUCCACAUUGGUACCAAUGAGGAUAACAUCAGCCACCUCCUAGGAUUGUUACGAGGUGUGAAUGAAAUAACCACUAGCCUGGUACAUCACAGGUGCUCCCUGAAUUUCUGUUCCUUUGCUCUCUUUUACCAUCCCAGCAGCCCAGGCAGGGUGAGCAGCUAUGAGGGGUGGUGGCAGUGGAUGGGGGUGACAAGGGACAGACUAGGCUCCCCAGGGGAAGGCAGAUGGAGAGAGCAGGAACCAAAUGUCAUUCGUGCAGCCACUCCCGAUUUAUGGGACCUGGUGCAGACUCUUUGAAGAGGCAAUAAAACUCAUUUUCUGCUAGGAAAUGACAACAGUCGAGAGUCCUGACUUAGCAAACCAAAUUCAACAAUUUUUUUUUUUUAUAAGUCAUGGGGUUCUGGAUGGGUAGCAAAAAUCACAUUCUAAUGAGAUUAGCUUUCGGGAAUAGGAAUAGGCUUUCCCAAGAGCAAGGGAUGUGUACCAUGCCAACACCCCAUGGAGAGUGUAUAUAAAUGCUCCGCAGAGGCCUUGAGUCCAGAACCCAAGCUGCUUGCUAAGCUGCAACCUUCCUCUGCUAGCACCAUGGCCACCCAGAUCUGCACCCCGACCUUCUCCAUGGGGUCUGUCAAGGGCCUCUGUGGCGCAGCAGGCGGUAUCUCUCGGGUGUCCUCCAUCCGCUCUGUGGGCUCCUGCAGGGUGCCCAGCCUCGCCGGUGCUGCGGGGUGCAUCUCUUCUGUUAGGUCGGGCCUCACCAGCCUUGGGAGCUGCUUGCCUGGCUCCUAUCUGUCUGCUGGGUGCCACCCCUCUGGCUUUGUUGGGAGUGGGGGCUGGUUCUGCGAGGGUUCCUUCAACGGCAGCGAGAAGGAGACCAUGCAGUUCCUGAACGAUCGCCUGGCCAACUACCUGGAGAAGGUGCGUCAGCUGGAGCGGGAGAACGCGGAGCUGGAGAGCCGCAUCCGGGAGUGGUAUGAGUCUCAGAUCCCGUACACUUGCCCAGACUACCAGUCCUACUUCAAGACCAUCGAAGAUUUCCAGCAGAAGAUCCUGCUGACUAAGUCUGAGAAUGCCAGGCUGGUUCUGCAGAUUGAUAAUGCCAAGCUGGCUGCUGAUGACUUCCGGACCAAGUACGAGACUGAGCUGUCCCUGCGGCAGCUGGUGGAGUCGGACAUCAAUGGCCUGCGCAGGAUCCUGGAUGAGCUGACCCUGUGCAAGGCCGACCUGGAGGCCCAGGUGGAGUCCCUGAAGGAGGAGCUGAUGUGUCUCAAGAAGAACCACGAGGAGGAAGUCGGUGCACUCCGUUGCCAACUUGGGGACCGACUGAAUGUGGAGGUGGAUGCUGCCCCGCCAGUGGAUCUCAACAGGAUCCUGGAGGAUAUGAGAUGCCAGUACGAGGCCCUGGUGGAGAAUAACCGCAGAGAUGUGGAGGCCUGGUUCAACACCCAGACUGAGGAGCUGAACCAGCAGGUGCUGUCCAGCUCGGAGCAGCUGCAGUGCUGCCAGUCUGAGAUCAUCGAGCUGAGACGCACGGUGAACGCCCUGGAGAUUGAGCUGCAGGCCCAGCACAGCAUGCGGAAUUCCUUGGAAUCCACCCUGGCGGAGACCGAGGCCCGCUACAGCUCCCAGCUGGCCCAGAUGCAGUGCCUGAUCAGCAACGUGGAGGCCCAGCUGUCUGAGAUCCGCUGUGACCUGGAGCGGCAGAACCAGGAAUACCAGGUGCUGCUGGACGUCAAGGCCCGGCUGGAGGGCGAGAUCGCUACCUACCGCCGCCUGCUGGAGGGAGAGGAUUGCAAGCUUCCUCCCCCACCUUGUGCCAUGGCAUGCAAGCCUGCCAUUAGAGUUCCUUCUGUCCCCCCGGCGCCCUGUGCCCCGGCUGUGGCCUGCAUCCCCGCUCCCCAGGCUGGUACUCAGAUCCGCACCAUCACCGAGGAGAUCAGAGAUGGGAGAGUCAUCUCCUCCAGGGAGCACCUGCAGUCCCGCCCGCUGUGACAGCCCACCUGGUCCACCAGGCAGGGCCCCGACCACAGGAAGGAGGACACCCUGGGACUCCUGGCAGCUGAACGACCCUGUCCCUCUCUAGAAGGGUCCCCCUAUGCUUAGCAGGUUUUUCUACCAAAACACUCCCGGUAUUGUGUUUCUGGACUUCACUGUGCUUUACGCCAUGCAAAACCAGGUUUCCUGGAAAUUUACCCAAUAAAGUGUGUUCUCCUGGCAUAGCAAACUCAA